AUGGAUAGUGAAGGUGUAUCUAGCAGUAAUGAUGAUGGUGGGGUUCGCCAUUUAAACAAUGGCGAAAAGCUCAUACCAAUGAAAGACAAGUCUGCUUUGGUUUUAGACGAUGGGAAGAUAUAUAAAAUCCAACACAAACGGCAAAGACAGAUUCUAUCAUGCGUUGCAUGCCACAAGAGGAAGAUCAAGUGCGAUCGGAUAAGGCCUACUUGUGGGAGUUGUCACAAGAAUGAAUGGCAAUGUACUUAUUUUGUGAAUGCGCGAGUGAGCCGGGGUGGGAGUUCUAGUAAAUUGGACGAUGAAACGCAAGUUGUUCCCAAUAAGGCUUCGAAAGAAGAGUUGUUAAAAGUGAUAGAAAAGGCGAAGCAACUGGAGAUGCAGCAAGGCGAGAAGUUGAUUUCAGAUCAGAAAGUGCAACAGCAACGAAGUAGAGUCAAGCGAGUAAGGAAGGCUUCGAAAGACAUCGGGGUAAGGGAAACGGGCGGCAAAAAGGAUGGGCUGAUCAACGAAACUGAGGGCAAUAACAAUGGUAAAAAUAAAUGUACAAACGCUAACGCUAACGCAAGUUCGCAUGCAGGAUCCGACAUUAGUGACAGUGCACGUUCAAUAGAAGACUCUGUAUAUUAUAAAAACAAGAGUAUGCUGGACUUUAACAAGAAAUUAGAGUCUUCGGCAUCAGAUGUGCUCAAAUUGGUCUGGGACCUUUUGCCUUCUAUUGAAAGAGCCAACGAGUUAUACGUCAUCUAUACCCAAAACAUACACAUGAUUCUUCCUUUGAUAGAUUUGCAGCAUUUUGAAAAUGACCACCACCAGUUCUGGGAAUCUGUAACCUCGGGGGAGUCUUUAAAACAACCGGAUUUCUUGCUUCUUCUAUUUCCCAUUCUAUACGCUAGCGUCAAAUCCUUGUACCAUUUAUUGGAUAAGGAGCAGUCACAAGGUUUGUUGCAAGAAAUGUCUCAGUAUAAAACUGCUUGUCUCAGGCUCUAUUCUGCCUUUGAUUUCCCGAAUAAAUACUCUAUCAAAAUUCUCACAGGAUUUGUACUAUUAAACUCAGUUAUUGAAAAUCCUAGCGUUACAACGAUAGCGCAGUUGACUAGAUUAUGUCAAAGGGCAAGAUUGACUAAAGAUCCCUUAUUGUUAGGUUUGUCCGAUUCUUCGGUCGUUCAAUCCAAAAGAAUUUUAUUCUGGCAGAUAUUUCAGCUAGAUACGAUGACGUCCCUCCAUAAUAACUUAUCGCCACUUAUCAAAUUGGACGAAUUUGAUACCUCUCUACCUGUGGAAGUGAUAAAUGGAACAUUAAAUCCAUCAAUAUGCUAUAUUAAUGCAAACUACAGAUUCGUUCUCCUUUUAAAUGAACUUUGUCAAAAACGUGGAUCAUUCAGCGGUAUAAAGGAAAGGAUUGUCGAUUUGCAUGUCUGUUGUAUGGGUAGUGCUCUUUCUUUGAAUAAUCAUCUAUCCACUCACAGACUAUCCUUGCACGAAGCCAAAUUUAUUCAAUGGGCUAUGUAUAUGCUAAACACUUUAGCUGACAGGUCUUUACUAUUAUUGCAUCUAAACAUUAUCUCGACCUCUAUUCCAACUCUUCAUAACAGGAAAUUAUUGAAGAAAGAUAUCCGUAUGUGUGAUGACCCCAUUGUUGAAAGUGGGUAUGGUAAGGACUACAAUGUCAUUCAAACUAUUCUUAAUAAUUCAGGAAACCUGGAUCUAACGUCUCAUAAUCAAACGAAAAAACCUAUGGUGUAUAAUUUUGAAAACUUAACAAACAACUUGGUGCCGGCAUCAUUACAUUUCUUAGAUGAAUUUGUGAAAUACCACUCUACUAACAGAUAUGCAUGUUUCAAUUGGGAACUAUUGGUUGGGAAUAUGCCAAUUAAUGCCAUCACGUUUGCUUUGAAAAUGCUUGCCUUGGACGCUAACCGUGCUGAGAAAUUAGGACGUAGGCUUGUGCUAAACACAGACCUCAGAUAUAUCCUUCUAUCAAAGGCGAUACCGAUUGUGGAAGAUAGGUUGGACAUCGAAACAGCUAUUUCCAAAAAUUGCUUUCGACUAGCAAAGCUGUUAUUUCAGCUAUUAGUUGUAAAGUUUGGAAAUUCCAAUGCUGAGCCAAUUCCUAAUAAGUACGAUAUCACGUACUCUACAUCAAAGGAUGUUCCGCAGCCGACUUUGAAUCAGGACCUUGAAGAAGAAAAAUCGUCAAUGCCUAACGGUUUUCCAUUGAAGUCUGAUGGUAGAUCGAACGUCACAUAUAUUAUGAAUAAUUCAAUUCCUUCACCCAGAAACACGGUAUUAGAUAUUCUAUCAAAAGAUGUCAAUGGGCAAGGUAACAACGGACAUGAAGAAUUAUUUGAUGACACUUUCUUUUUCAGUGGGAACCUUAUUUACAACUCUGAGUUGCUCGACGGCGACAACAAUAUCACUGCGUCUUGUGCGCAAAUAGCGCCAAGAACCAUGAAAGCUAUCUCAUCGCAUGAAUUUGACAUGAAAGCUACCCCACACACCACAACCCCAUGGGAUGAAAUCCCGUACUUUAUUUCGGAACAGACACAGGAUCAAAUAAGAAACAACACGGAUAUUGUUCAACAACCUAACUCCUUUUCACUUCCACCUGCUUCAGUGACAUCAAAAAAGGAAGAAGAAAUCAAGGCUAUUUACAAAAAAGUUCAAGACUACAUAAUUCUUUUCAACAGUUCCAACAACGAACUAGAAUACGUAGCCAGUGGUGACGAAUAUUACAGGGAAUUCGAAAACGCUUUACUUGAAGUCCUCUGCGGAAUUCUUACGCAGUCAUGA